UGUUGUUUAAUCUACUUGUAUUGUAUUUGACCUCUCCUAAAAAGAAAAAGAAAAGAAAGGAAAAACGGUUUACGAGUUUGUUUUCUAUUUUCGGGUUCUAGAAGGUUCUUGAUUCCACGGGAAUAGAUCUAGCGAAUUGAAAUGUAUUUAAGCUUUGUUGGUGUCUCUGUAAGAAAACGGGGGAAUAUUUCUUUAUGAUUUCCUUCCGCUUCUUUUUGGUUUUCUCGAGAACCAAACGGAGAGAAUAAAAGUAGUGCUGAUUACAGAUCCAUGGCAUUUGAGCACUACUUUGCUCAGGAAUGGAAAUCAAUCCAAGGUGUAUCAAGAGACUCGGAAAAUUCCAAUGGUUGCUUUGAUUGCAACAUCUGCUUAGACUUAGCACACGAACCAGUGGUCACACACUGUGGCCACCUCUACUGCUGGCCCUGCAUCUACAAAUGGCUCUAUGUCCAGAGUGCUUCUCUUGCUUCUGAUGAGCACCCACAGUGCCCAGUUUGUAAGGCUGACAUAUCUCACACCACCAUGGUGCCCCUCUAUGGCCGUGGACAAUCCCUAAACGAACCUGAAGUAGAAGCCGAAGUAAAGGCACCCCGUAGGGGUAUGGACAUACCGCCUAGACCAGCUGCGUGUGGUAACCAAGCUUUCAUAUCGACCGCCAAUAGCAGCGGUCAGCAGCUUCCAUAUCGCAAUCCUUAUCAAAAUCAACAGCACAAUCCUCAUCCAUACGUCAAUCACGAGGAGGAUUCUACAUCUAAUUGGCAUAAUCUUGGUGGGACUCUCAGAGGUUUGCACCAUCCCAUGGUUGGAAUGUUUGGGGAGAUGGUUAAUGCAAGGGUGUUUGGGAGCUCGGCGGGGUUAUAUGGAUAUCCAAACUCAUAUCACUUGGCUGGGACUAGUAGCCCUAGGUUGAGAAGGCAAGAGAUGCAAGCAGACAAGUCGCUUAACAGGAUUUCAAUUUUCCUGUUUUGUUGUUUUCUUCUUUGCCUUAUAGUCUUCUGAAUGCAGUUUUAGAUUACUCUCCCCCGGUGUUUUGUACAGUUUGUAAAGAGUAUGGAGUUAAAAAAGGCUUAUGAUAAUGGAUAGAAUAUUAAUAUAAGUAAACAUUUGAGAUUUGCUUCAAUCAA